GAAACAUCUACCGCCGGACUUCCACGGUCGAACAGCGAAUACAAAAAAAGAACGCAACGCGCAGCUGAUCUCUCCGAAGAACGCACUCUUCUUUUCGAAUCCCACGCAGCUACGCUCUUCGCUGCUUCCACUAUCCAGGAUGAGGGGUCUAUAUCAAUCUCUUUGGCAGUUUUGCUAACCAUGUGGCUUCCCAGAUUGUCAUGAUCCCUCGUUCUCGUGGUUCGAAUCACUUCGCAAGCGUUCUUCUCGUUCACAAGUGCGUGCCUCGGGCGAGCGAAUGCACGUCGAGGCUGACAUACUGGCAAUCAUAACGGCCCUGGAUUUGUAAGAGUGACUGAAUAUGGACUCCUUGGCGCGGUACAUGGCGCGGGCCGCUUGAUUGGAGGGAAGGUUAAGCGCGCUCCUUGAGAACUGCUUGCCCGAACUGGGACUGAACAAUCCGGCAGAAAUCCAACCGCCAGCCAAGAAGCACGCACUUGACACUUUCGCAGCUCGUUCACGAUGGUUGCGCAAAGAUACGGACUCUGCGUCGUUGCGAGGAUCGGUGCGGGCAUACUCGCAAGACGCACAUCUAUCCCCGUUGCAGAUCGAGGGCUCGACUUUAAAAGGACGGCGGGCAGAGGAGAGAGCUGCAUCUCAGCUCGGCCUCUUCACACCUAGCUCAAAAUGGGAUUCAAAGCGUUCGUCGUCCUCGUCAACGUCGCCUUGGUGGCGGCGAAGGCCUCCAUCCUCAUCAGCCCGGAGGCGUUCCCCACACUCCCCACUGUGAAGCAGGCCGCGGCCGCGUCGAGUGCGGUGGGACUGAACUUGGACAACGUCCAAGGCGACAUCCUAGUUGGAAUGCGCAAGUCGAGCGAGACGUUCUACUUCUUCUCUGUCAACGACGGGAGCGCGUUCAAAAAGAGUUUUCGCAGCGGGGUCUUCCCGCUGAUCACGACGACGACGCAGCUGCUCAGCGUAUCGACACAGCCGACGACCGCGCUCAACGUCGCGUUCUCGCAGACAGGGCUUCUCGCGCUCAACAUCACCGACGACCUUGGCGACACGCCCUUCGCGACAGGCCAACACGCAGACAUCUCGAACAUCGGCGACGCCAGCGACGCCAACUGGGUCCCCGCCUUUGCGGGCACCACGGUCCACGGCGUAUUCCUCUUUGCGUCCGACACACAGGCGAACAUCGACGCGGAGAUCGCGAACGUCGAGGGCAUCCUCGGCUCGUCCAUCACGAAGCUUCACGCGAUCCAGGGUGCAGCGCGACCGGGUGCAGAGGCCGGACACGAACACUUCGGCUACAUGGACGGAAUCUCGAACCCUGCGGUGAACGGCUUCGUCGCAUCGCCGUUCCCCGGGCAAGCCGUUGUCGACGCGGGCACGAUUCUUCUGGGAGAGAUCAACGACCCGGUCACGCGACCCGAUUGGGCCCUUGACGGCUCGUUCCUCGUCUUCCGGCAACUCGAGCAGCUGGUUCCCGAGUUCAACCAAUUCUUGGCCAACAACUCGAUCUCUGACUCGAGUCUGACGCUCACGGAGCAGGAAGGCGCGGAUCUGUUCGGUGCGCGGUUGGUGGGGCGCUGGAAGAGCGGUGCUCCGAUCCAGCUGAGCCCUCUGAGUGACGACCCGGUGCUCGGUGCGAAUGCGUCGCGCAACAACGACUUUGACUACACCGAGCUGCUCGGUGUCCUGAACACUACUGGCUGCCCGCACUCUGCCCAUCUGCGCAAGACACGGCCCCGGUCCGAUCUCGGCAGUCCGGAGGAUGCCGUGCACCACAUCAUGCGGGCCGGCAUUCCUUACGGUCCCGAAAUGAACAACACCGAGAUCAGCCAGAACAAGACGAUGGCUGAGCGCGGAUUGGCCUUUGUGGCCUACCAAUCAGACAUCUCGAAAGGGUUCCAGUUCCUCCAACAGUUCUGGAUCAACAAUGCAAACUUCGUCGUGAGCGGAACGGGCGUCGAUCCCCUCAUCGGCACCGUCGGUGGUGGAUCACACGAUGUUCUCGGCCUCGAUCCGUUCACUCCUGCUGCAGUCGAGACAGUCCCCAUGGACUUUGUCGUCUCUCGCGGUGGAGAGUACUUCUUCAGCCCCUCGCUGAACGCGUUGAACAGCACCACAUUUGAAUAGUUGAUAUUCGUCUUUCCUGGGUUCCACAGUCGUAGAGAAAUUCUAUAUAUAUAUA